UUCACAAUAUAGUUCAGUACUUGAUUCGUUUGGACUGUGAGCUAAUAGUCGGCUGAUAGGCCCACUCGUGGUAUAGUAGGUGUAGGUGCUGGAUGAUCACCGUAGCAAAAACCUGACUAUUCUCUUCUUUCUCCUCAAUCCUCUCCCACUCAAAUGUUCAAUAGAGUGGUCUUCUUAAUGCACGCGCUAUGCUUGUGCCUGUUAGUGGCGUGCGCGAGCGUGACUGCGCUGGACGUGUCAGACGUGGAUGUGUGGUGGGGCGUGAGACGCGUGUGGCGUCAACAGGCGCCUCAUGUCGACGCCGAGCACAGCGACGCCCAGCAGGAACUCGCUCGGAUGGGUGGAGUUUGCAGGCGUCACGUCGACCAGUUCAUCGAUGGAGUUGAAGCUGAUAACACCUGGGCUAUCAAGGUGUGGGACACGAGCGGCCACUACCCAGGCCAACUGUACGCGGGCGACCGUCACUGGCUGGGCUCUCUCUCACUCUGCAGCGACCUCAACGCUGAGUUCAUAGCCAACAAGUCCUUCUCCCGGCCCCCCUUCCCUCUCACAUUCUAUGUCGCCACUCUCAAGCUGAUGACCACCUCGUUGCCCCGGCCCGAUCAGAAAACACCAGUCAACAUUGGUCUUUGUUUGCCAAAAUCCUGCUCACUAGAGGACAUACAGCAUCUACUGAACAGUGGCAAAAACUUCAAGUUGGCAUCGCUUCGCCACAUUAAAGGCGAAUAUCAAUUUUGGAACGAUACCAGCUUCUCUCUAUUGAUGUUUACAUUCUUUGUUGUUGGAUCUCUCAUGAUCGCCGGAACCUGGUACGAUUUGACGAUUCUACAACCAGCGAUAACUUGCGAGAAGGUGGCUCUAGCAAUGUACGGCAAUAACAAUAACAAUGGUAGUAUCCUCCAACACAAAAAUAAUCAAACUGGAUGCAAUAAUAUGGACAGUGGUGAAAUUAAACAAGCAAACAAACAGAUGGCGAAAAAUCCUGGACAAGAGCCAAUAAAAAAGGAAAUUAGAUUCAAAGGAAUAACAACGGUGGUUCCACCAACUGGCUCUGCGUCUAAAGCGCUUGAACGAGUUUCCGAAGUUUUGAAAGCAUUUUCAGUGCCAGCCAAUGUGAAGAAGAUCUGCAGUUUGGAAGCCAAUGAGGACACUUUGACUCCUCUGCAUGGACUGAGGGUGAUCAGCAUUCUUUGGGUCAUCAUGAUCCACACCUGUCUUGUCAUAUUCCAUGUUGCAAACAAUAAGCUCUACCGAUCCAAAGCAGAGGAAGACUUUUUGUAUCAUACUCUCAGCAGUGGUACAUUUUCGGUUGAUACCUUCUUUUUUGUAAGUGGCCUCCUCAUCUCUUUCCUGUACUUUCGAACCCGGAGUAAGUUCGACCUACAAGAGUUCACCAAACAGGAAGAUGGACUGAAGGGACAAGGCAUACAAUUCAGCUCUAUGAUUGUUUACAGAUUUUUCAGGCUGACCCCUCCUUACCUGAUAAUGAUUUGGAUAGUGGACGUAUCAAUGAAGCAUUUCCGAGAUCACUCAGUGCUCGAGUUCCCAUCAAUGGACUAUCAGAACUGUGAGAACUACUGGUGGAGGAAUAUUCUCUAUAUAAAUACUAUGUUUCCGUCAGUUGAGAGGUGUAUGUCUUGGAGCUGGUAUUUGGCAAAUGAUAGCCAAUUCUAUGUGAUUGGAGCAAUACUUCUAAUUAUUUCAAAACGGUACUUCCAUGUGGCAGCCGGAUUAGUGAGUACAUUGUUUGUACUAGGGUGGGGAGCUACAGCCGUGGUUUCAUUGAGCCAUAAACACAUUACUGACCCCAAAGAGCCCCUGGCCAAUUACGAUGAACUUUACGACAAGCCUUGGGCAAGAAUUGGACCAUAUCUGGUUGGCCUCUGUACAGGAUGGCUCCUCUUCCAUCUCAAAUGCACUAUAACCCUCAGCAAGACUUGGGUGUAUGUAGUGUGGUCAGCGACAGGCGUGACUCUGCUGAGUGUGGUGUAUGGUCUGCACUACAUCAAGCUGGGCCCGACCACAUCAGCCAUGUAUGUGGCACUGUGUCACACCGCCUGGGCCCUCGCACUCGCCUGGGUCGUCAUAGCUUGUGUCACAGGAUACGGAGGACGUCUGAACAGCAUUCUGUCAUGGAAAUACUUGUACCCAUUCAGCAGACUGACAUACUGUGUCUAUUUGAUUCAUCCUCAACUCAUGCGCAGUGCAGUUCUAGCAGCUGAAAGCCCCAUGCAUAUAUCACGAGAUUUGAUGAUAGUUCAAUUCCUUGGAUUCACAGUUGCCUCCUACAUGUUGGCGUUUGUGUUUUCACUAUCAUUUGAGGCACCUUGCAUUUCAUUGCUCAAGAUGUUGCAUCCCCAGAAAAGACAUAAAAACACUGCAAUCGAUACCUGACAUCAUUCAUCAUAAAGACAGUCAAAGUGAAAAUAUAAUAACCCAUUAACAUUCAAGUUACUGAGGGAAAAUUAUCUUUCUUCCAGUGUUUCAUGUGAGUUUAAAUGAAAUGUAAACUUUGGUAAUGUGUUCAAACAAAGCACUGAAAUUUUAUUACAAAGCAUAAAAAUGUUUGUUUCAAAUGAAGGCUGACAAGUUUGCAGAUAAACAAGCAAUGUACCUAGAAUACAUGGUACAAUGUGAACAAUGCAUGGUAAUGCAUUCUAGGUACAUUGAUAAACAAGUAUCAAGGGAGAGGGAGGAAUUCACUUGUGUAUUUACUUAGAUAUCAUGGGUCUUCAGUGUUGAUUCAGUCAAGUAUCAAUAUACAAUAAUAAUUGUAAGUGUAAAAUGAGGUAUGAAGUGAAAAUAAGCUUAGCAUUUAUAUUGUAAAAUUAUAGAAGUGUGAGGGAAGAACCUGACAAUCAUUUCCCAAUUAUUACCGAAGAGGGGUUCAAUUACAAGCGAGUAUAUCUAGAAUACUAAAUAUUCGAAUAGAUAAAUAGAUUUCAUAAGUAAAAAAAAUGUCCAUGUUCCGAACCAUAAAGGUAGGCAUACUUCAACUGCUACUAUACAAUCAUAGAAACUAUAUUCAUCAAAGCCUCGUGCGCAAUCAACAUGACCAGAGUUUUCUACCAACUGUUAAUCAAAUAUUUAAACAAAACUAUAUUUCUACAGUAGAACUACCGUACCAUAGACCAGUAAUACUAAAUGUAUUCUACAGCGAUUCUGCUGUAUGUUUUGUAAAUACAAUAAAAAAUAUAUUAAUAA